CCGAAAAGGAAGCAAAAUCUUGAAAUCACCUCUUGAUCGUGACCCUUCUCUCUCUUUCUUUAUAGAUGAAGUUCAUCUCAUCUCCCCUCUCCUAUUAAUUUGAUUCCUCCAUUUCAUUUUCCCAAAUCUCUCUCUUGCCAUCUUUGUUGCAGAAAACAGAAGAAUAUUAUCACCUGCAAAAUAAUAUGGGAAGACAUUCCUGCUGCUAUAAACAGAAGCUCAGAAAAGGAUUAUGGUCUCCUGAAGAAGAUGAAAAGCUUAUUAAACACAUAACUCAGUAUGGCCAUGGCUGCUGGAGCUCUGUUCCUAAACUUUCAGGUCUCCAAAGAUGUGGGAAAAGCUGCAGAUUAAGAUGGAUUAACUACUUAAGACCAGACCUUAAGAGAGGCACAUUUUCUCAGCAAGAAGAGAAUCUCAUUAUUGAUCUUCAUGCAGUCCUUGGAAACAGGUGGUCUCAGAUUGCAACACAGUUACCGGGAAGAACAGAUAACGAGAUCAAGAAUCUAUGGAAUUCUUCGAUAAAGAAGAAACUCAAACAAAAAGGGAUCGAUCCCAACACUCACAAGCCUCUAAUCUCGGAAAUUGAUAACCAAGUGACUAUAAUUCCCAAUAACAACGACCCUUUGGCCAUACCAACAACAAACAAAAGAAUUCACGAAAACAAGAAAAAAGUGGCAGACAGGUUUGUUUCGUCCCAUGAUCAGCAAAUUAGUUCAAGUUCUACUACAACGGCAGGAUUCUUCUCUUUUCAACAAUUGAACUAUGAGACAUGUAAUAUCGGUCUUUCCACUCCAAACACGCCCUUAUUCCCUGAAUUCAAUCCUACUGUUAAUGUUCCUCAAAUGGGUUCUUCUUCUUCUUGUUUCUUUGAGCAAAAUCCAUUCUCAUGGCAGCAACAGCAGCAACAGACAGUAGAUUCCAUAAAAGCAGAGAAAGAAAAUACUGUAGUUUCUGUAGAAGAAGACAUGAAAUGGUCUGAUUACAUUCAAGCACUUCAAAAUCAAGAAAUACAAUUCAUGAAUGAAGGAUCAACCAAUGGUUGGAUUUCAAAUCAUCAAUUCCAGAGACUUCCAGCAACAGCUUAUGGUCAAUUCUCUUAGUGUGUGUCUUUUUUUAUGUGUGUCUUGUUGUGUGUGUAUGUGUGUGUUCAAUAUAGAGUUUAGUAUAUAUAAUUAUAAUUAAUAUCAUAGUGGUAAAGACACUAUGGAUUAUUAUUUCUUUGAUUACUCUGAAAUGGGUUUUCUAAGAUCUAUAAUUCUCAAGUCAGUAAAUCAUCUAAAGUUUGAGUUUUUUUUUUUUUUUUAACGUAAAAAUCUACUUUUUCAUUUUCAAUGGCAUUCUUUUCAGUGAAAAAAAUAUACCCAUUGAAUAGUUCUUCACACUGAUCAUGAUAGAGAUGGUUUUAUGUAUUUUCAGCAGUUAAGUCUUAUUUUCAAAUGAUCAGUUUCUCUCAGGUUUACCUGUUUCCUCU